AUAACUUGUUAAAUGAAAUUUUAAGUGGCUUUGUCAUGUUGUACUUUUGUCCAUCCUGCGGUAAUAUACUGAUUAUUGAGGAGGACACUGCCGGCUACAGAUUCACGUGCAACACGUGCCCUUAUAUAUCUAAAAUAAAACGCAAGAUAUCAACAAAAACGUUUCCCAGACUCAAGGAAGUGGAUCACGUUUUGGGCGGUGUCGCUGCUUGGGAGAACGUUGAUUCAACCGACGCAGAGUGCCCCAAGUGCAGUCAUAAGCGCGCAUACUUUAUGCAAAUUCAGACACGCUCAGCGGAUGAGCCGAUGACCACAUUCUAUAAGUGCUGCAAUCAUCAGUGCGGUCAUAACUGGCGAGAUUAGAGUAAUGCGCUACCUACAAAC